AUGACCGAAACCCUAGAUACCGACCCCCCCAAAACCAAACAGAAUAUCAAGUACCCCCACCCCCUCGACACUUGCCCUAGGCCUUCCACCAUCCCACCCCUCUCGUUUCAUGACUACAUCCUCCGUAAAUUCUCCUGCUCCAUACGUAACCAACCAAACUGGACAACUCUCGUCACAAACCGGAAGUUAAUGUCACAAUGGAUCCAAAGAUCCGCCUAUCAAGAUGGUUAUAAAUAUAGUGAAAAAACCGACGGUUUCUGUCUUGUCUGGGACUCUGAAGAUAUCAAAUUUGCUCAUGAGGAACUGGUGGAGAGGUAUAAACCGUAUGUUGAGGAGUUAAGGGAGAAAGGGUGUUUUAUUGAACCAGAUGUUGAUUGUGUCUGGAGAGCUGAUGGAGUGAUUUUGGAGGAGUUGAGAGAGAAGUUAAUUAACGCUGCCUCCACACUGGAAAAGCUCCCAGAAGACAAAAAGACCUGGGCACCAGACCGUGAAGGUAUAGUCCAGGAUCUCAUCCAUCCAUCCUGGUGGCCCAUAGUCUACGGCAGAACCCUUUUGCCAAACGGAGAGACCAUCACCCGCCCCUUCGAAUCCGAAUCCGAAUCCAAAUCCAAAUAUUCAAAAGGGUGGUCUACCGGAUUCUGCUGGCUACCCUCUGAAUUCAAGAUCUCACCUGACGGAAAAUCCACCUCAAUUGAAUCAUACAUAAAUAAUCUAACCGACCCAGAACAACAGAAACUAUUCCACCCAAUUCUAGAAGAAGUAUUCACACAGUUCAUCCCACUAUUCAACCACGUUCUCGCAGACUUAAACGAAAAAAGGGAUUUGUCUCAUAGAACCACCGGCGGGAUACCAGGACCUAAUUCUUUUGGUGGAUCUGAAUACGCCUCUGACCUUUCGGUCGAAGAGUUCAAGGGGUUUUGGGAGAGGAUUAUUAAGGAAUAUGAAAACGGGGAGGAGUUAUCUCUGGGAUUUAGGAAUGAUAACAAAAGUAGGAGGGAAGAUUUUGAUUAUUAUGACAGCGGUACUGAUGGUGGAUUUGGAAGUAUUCAUGAUGACGAUGAGUACGAGUACGGCGAGGGUGACGCUGUGGAAGACGAUGCAUCUGACUAUAAUGAAAACGAAAUAUUGAACCCAGAAAGUGAAUAUCAUACGUGGGUCCCACCCACUAGCCUAACUAAGCUCGAACCAGACGACGAAGAAAUACAGGGAAGUGAAAAUGAGAAUGGCGAAGAAGGGGAGGAAGGAGCAGAAGAGGAAGCAAAAGUGGAGAAAUUGGAAGAAAAGGAAGUGGAAAGAGAGGAAGUGAAAAGAGGGGAAGUGAAAGAAGAAGAAGAGGAGGAAGAAAACGACUUCGAUUCAAUCUUCGCCUGGAAGCCAACCGAUAUCUUCGACUGCAGAUUCUACGAAAUCUGGGAUAUUGGAUCCACACGACCCGAUAAGAUGUGGUACCCACCGAAAAUCACCGAUGAAAUCAAUCUGAAAGGGAAAACCGUCAAAAUAGUCGUCCAAAUGACGAAUAUAAUGAUCACACCCGAAAAUCCAGUUCAGCAUGUAGGUCCUCGAAACAUUGCCGACUAUUGGGCUUAUCACGGAUUGAGGAAUGAAAGAAUAAUAGCAACUGGGAUAUACUAUUACGCCCAAGAGAACAUUGCAGAAACAACAUUAGCCUUCGCUCGUAAAACUAACGAAAAGGACCCUCUACACCCUUGCAACUAUCACUACUGUAGCUACGGAUUCCGGGACAGACCCUUCCAAAAAGUCGGCAAGACUUCAAUUAAGCAAAACCGCCUAAUAGUCUUUCCGAACAUCUACGCUCACGCCACAACUCUCCGUCUAGAAGACAUCAAAAAGCCAGGAUACCAAAAGACCCUAACAUUCUUCCUCUGCGAUCCAAAUUACAACGAACUUCUCACUACAAAGACAGUAGCACCCCAGCAACCCCAGCAUCGUGUCGAAGUUGAAGAGGCCAUCCGCGAAGGAGUUUGGGGUAAUCUUCCUAGUGAAUUGUUUGAGUUCGUUCUAGACAGUUUACCUCCGCCGAUUAGCGUAGAAGAGGCGUACCGUUAUAGAGAGGCGAUGAUUAUGACACCAUAUUAG